UGAAAAAAAAACCACAACAAAUAUGAGCUCACAGCUUAUUGACCUCUCUCAACCAACGUUGUAUUUUGCUAUUGCUCAUAUAUUGUUUAAUCCUGUAUUUUGGAAUAUUGUUGCCAGAGCAGAGUAUAAAACGAAAAUAUUGACAAAGUUGGCAGGAGGUGAUCCAUACAAAGGUACUUAUUUCCUGGCGGCUACAAUCUUUACAUUAGGUUUGACUAGAGACUACCUAUAUCACAAGGCGUUAGCAUAUCAGCCAACACAUCCUAUCUUUGAUGAAUAUAUUGUACAAAUUUCAGCAGGCCUCUUAUUCGUAACAGGCAAUGUACUCGUAUUGUCCUCUAUGUGGGCACUUGGUGUUACUGGCACUUAUCUGGGCGAUUACUUCGGUAUUUUGAUGAAACAACGCGUUACAGGAUUCCCCUUCAAUGUGUGCGAUAACCCAAUGUAUGUAGGUUCAACCUGCACAUUUUUAGCCACCGCUCUAUGGUACAAGAGCCCGGCGGGCAUUGCACUGACUUGUUUAGUUUACCUUCUUUAUAAGGUUGCUCUAACGUUUGAAGAACCCUUCACUGCUAUGAUUUAUGCCAACAAGGAUAAGAAAAAGUAAUGAUAUUAAAGCUGUAUCAGCGACGACAUAGAGACUAUAUCUGCCUAGAAAACUCUUCUUCCAAAUAGUGAGGCAAAGCCAAAUCAUUUUAUGAGAAACAAAUUCACUUAAAUUGAAUAACAAGGGUGGUCAUCCACAGUGAUAAUGGAUGAGUAAUUCAACCAUACACUAUUGAUAUUUGAAAAGCUCGCAAGGCUCUUCUUUUCAAUGGUAGGCUCAAAAUUACCGUUAAAGGCCGUAGAUUGAUAUAUCAUGUGUAUAUAGUUGACUAUAGUCAUCAUCAUUUCUAUCAAAAUAACUGUAAUACAAAUAUAUAAAUCGACAUGCACCGUUGUUGAUGUUUUAAAGACAAGAAGACUGUAGUGCGUCUCAAUGAAUUAGGCGUUCAAU